AGAAGUAUGGUCUGGAGAUAACCAACAAUGGUCCCAUCACAACAGGAGCUCAAGCCACUGUUCACGCCAGUCUAAGUAUGAAGAAUGACAGUGUCGCAUCAAACUUGUAUCACUUCAACUGGAUUUAUGCUCCCCUGAUACUGAUAGAGAAAUCUGAGCAGCAGUUAAACUCUGUAAUUAAUGUGACUGGUGAAUUUCCUGGGACUUUUCCUGUGUCUGUCUGGGUUACUCACAGAAACUGCUGGUUAUGUCGGCCAGUUGCUAGAAAUGUCACAGUGCUUCAGAUCACAGAAUUUAUCACAGGGAAUCUUACCAUUGCCAAGAUAGAACACAGUGGAUUUAUCACACAUGGUUCUAGUUCUUCCACGGGUGCCGUGACCCGGGUUUCCUUCUGUCUUCAUGACCCAAGUCAUUACUUCAAGUCAGCAUCAUUUGUCUACAACUGGGAUUUUGGAGAUGGAGUUUAUCAGAUCACCAAGCAACCAUUUGUCUACUAUAACCACUCUACCAUGGGGAAUCGCACAGUGCAUCUUAAAGUCAUAGCUGAAUGGGAGCAAAUUGGAAGCAUCAUACAUGAAAGAGAAACCGUCCAGAAAACUGGUGACUUCACUACUGCUCUGGAGCUGUUAGAUGCUGUUCAAAGUGUUAAUAUAGUGGGCUCUAGAGAGACUCACGUAAUGGAAGACCUGAAUUUAUCUCUACAUAUCAAUGGCACCCCACCACUGGCGUUAUGCUGGCUUAUAAAGGCCGAGUGCAUCCCACUGGAAGGGGAAAAAUGCCAUCUAGUGGUGAUUAAUGGCUCCUGCUACAAUCUCAGCCAUACCUUCAGUGAUGCCGGACAGUACUGCCUCAGCGUCAGAGUGGAGAACGGCGUGACGAUGCUGCAGACAUACCAUGAAAUCAAAGUGUGGCCAACAGGGAUCCACCGAGCUUUCUUUGUCCUGCUCUGCAUUGUUCUGGUUUCAGUGGUGCUAGGGCUGGUGCUGUACACAACCUUCCGAAGUAACACACAACAGAAAGAUCUCGUAGAGGUAGCUGACUUCGACUUUUCUCCACUGUCUGAUAAAAGCUUGUCUUCUCAUUCGGAAUCAGGCUGUGGCCAAAUAUGUUGCAGAUCAUGUUUACCUCGGUCAUCACAAGAAGUUGCCAGGGAGAGCCAUGAACUCCUACAUUCUUUUUACAAGCCAGUCAAAACGUACACAGUGUGAAGAACACAACUGCACUUUGGUUACACUAACUACCAAGUUUAACUUCCUCACUUACAAUGAGUUAAAAGCCCAGUGCUGCAUGAGUGGCUUGGUUUUGCCAAUGCAAUGAGGUUAACCACUUUAAGCCCAGCACUUGA